AUGUUACUCACUAAAUAUAAUUAUUUAUCAAUACUAUUUGCUAUUUUAUUCUUUUUUCUUAUACCAUUAACAAAUAGUUGUAAUAUAUGGAAAGCAUCUGAAUGUCCACAACCACCAACAGCUGAUGAUGAAGACAUUUUUAAAUAUGACUUAUAUACGCGUGAACAACUUUUUCAUUUUUGUGAUCAAGGAAAAAAAUAUGCAGAAUGUGUUAAUAAACAACUUCAUUGUUGUGAUCUAAAAAGUGAACAUACAGGUGCACUAGCUGCGUUCGAAGUCGGUCUUCAACAAAAUGGUUGGCGAUUAGGUAGAUAUUGUGCUGGUCUUGGCGCUACUACAAUUAUUCAAUAUAAAUGCAAAACAACAAGUCUUUCACCAGCUAAAACAACGACAACAACAACAUCAACAUCAUCAACAAUGGCACCAUGUGAAGUCGAAGAAGCUGGAAAAGAAUGUAAUGAUAUAUUAGAAGAUCGACUUAAAUUUGAAGUUGGCUGGUCUGUACAAGAAAAAAUUCAAUGGUGUAAAUUAGUAACAGAUUAUAUUCAAUGUGCUGGUAAACAUAUAACAAAUUGUUCAAUAAGUGAAGUUCGUGAUGAUGUUGAACAACUUUCAAAUUUUAUGGAAUAUAUUAUGAAACAAGCUAAUUUACAUUGUCAUGGUGGUUUUUAUGGUUGUGAAAAUGCGAUUACUGAUGUGCGUUGCCGUUUAACUGCAAGACAAUUCUAUAAUGGUGAAGCUCUUUAUUCAACAUCAAAAUCAUUAAUCAUCGAAUGUUCAAAUACAAAACCUAUUAAAUGGGCAGAAGAUUUCUGUUAUGUUCUUAUAAUAAUAUUUAAUUUAAGUACUUGGAUAGACAUAAAUAGUGUUUGGAUUGAAUUACCAUUAAUAGUGAAUAGUGCACCUGAACGUUGGGCAUUACCAUCCACAUUAUCAUUAGUUAUAAGUCUUGCUAAUAUAUUUCCACUUCUAGUUUUUAUAUUACGUUGGAAGUUAGGUAAAUAUUAUUCGGAAAUUCCCUUUAUAUAUGCAAUUAUAAUUGUUGGAAUAAUUGCUUGUUGUUCAAUUGGUUUAUUUUGGAAUCAUACAACAUAUAUUUUUGGUAAAGAACGUAGUGUAGCAUUGAUUACUGCAGUAUUUUCUUUAGCAAUUCUUGAUUGUACAUCAUCACUUGUUUUUUGUGAUUAUAUGAGACGUUUAAAAGCAAAAUAUUUACAUGCUAUGUUUUUUGGUGAAAGUUUAACAGGUACAUUACCAACAUUAAUUGCAUUAGCACAAGGUGUUGGAGGUGAAAUUCAAUGUAUUAGAAAUAAUUCUACAUCAUCUUUUAAACCUAUUUAUUCUGAAGCUCGUUUUAGUGUAUCAAUAUUUUUCUUUCUUGUUACUGGUAUUAUAAGUUUUUCAUUACUAGCUUUUAUGACACUUCGAUUCACAUCUAUUAUUAAAUUAGCUAAAGCUGAUGAUGAAAUUCGUUCAGAAAUCAAUUGUGAAACAAAUGAAAUGUUAUUAAUAACUGAUGAAAAUAUUUCGAAAUCCAAAAAAAUAUCUUUAUCAACACCAAAUUCAAUGACAAAAAAACAAUAUUUUAUUCUUCAAUCGUUUAAUAUUAUUAAUUCAGCUAUUUUAUAUGGUUGUUUACCAACAUUAAUUACUUAUUCAUUAUUACCAUAUGGUCAAAAAGCAUUUUAUUAUUGUAAUAUUCUUUUUCCUAUAUCAUAUCCAUUAUCUGCACUUUAUGGUUUUGUACGUCCAACAUUAUCAACUUGUUGGAUAAUAAGUGGCUCAAUAUUUGGUUGUUUAAUUUGUUCUUUUAUUAUUAUUAUAGCUUUUCAAAGUCCAUGUCCAAUAUGGGCAGAUACAUUACAUGGAGGAAUCAUUAUGAUAGUUGCCUGGUUUUUUGCAUCAUUUGUUCUUGCAUAUGUACGUAUUGCUAGUGGAAAUCGUAUUAAAUUAUCAUGGAGAAAAGAAAAUGGCUUAUUUUAUUUUGGUUUAAGUGUUCAAAUCGGAAUGAUAGUUGGUGUUUUACCAAUGUAUUUCAUUAUUAAUGUUUAUCGAUUAUUACAAGAUCGAAAACCAUGUGUCACAUAUUGUUUGUAA